AUGUCAAACGUCGAGGAACGUGUCAUGGAGAAGAUAGCCCCGGAUACAGAACACAGGUCCUCGGAAGAACGUGUCGUACUUUCACCACAGCAGCGGAACAUGGACCAACACCCUUCGUCCGCAUCUCACAGUGCGCGCCUUUACCUGCCUGAACUCGCAUCGAAUGUCAAAGCCCGCUCGUCAUCUACUGCCUCGGAUGCAUUGCCCGAAUUCAACCUUAGCUCUGCGCCCCUAUUGCAAUCCACACAAUCCAGUUCCUCGUCGCUCAGACCAGGCCCUAUUAGCAUUGCGGCUAAUCGGAAAAGGACCACCCACGGAAGGCCAGGUCUCCAGCGUCAUUUCCUGCAGCGCCAAAUCUUAUUAUUGAGGCUGAUAUGGUUCAUGGCUAUCUUCUUUGGAGAGUGUGGGGUGUACUGGAUCACGAUUAACCGAUGCAUCUGGCCUGAAAACUCGUCUUGGAAACAGGACACCAGCGACACCUCACUUCAGGAACGGUACAGGCUUGCUAUUAUUGCGAACCCUCAGCUCACAGACUGGUUCUCAUACAAGCAAUCUGGACCCGCGCUCUGGUUAACGGAAUUUUACACGGAUAUUUUCAUGCGGAGGAGCUUUGCUCGAUUCCAUCGGGCUGCAAGGCCCGAUGCUGUGAUGUUCCUAGGCGAUCUGAACGAUGGUGGCAGAGAGACCUUGGACGAGGAGAGAUUUGAAAAGAACAAGAAUCGGUUUCUGGAAAAGGUGUUUGAUUCGAGUCGAACAGCUUGGAAUUUACGGCCGUUGGUCAUGGAUGCUGAGGAUUUAGAGAGUAGCGUACAGAAACCUAGGCAGGUAGAAGCAUCUAGCAACGCUUAUCCUGCAACUUCGGAUGGAAAAGAAGUACACGGGGGAACGGAUGCAGAGGAAACGCUCACCGGCCAAUUUUAUCAAGUCUUGAACGUGCCACUGGAUGCUUCAGAGAGGGCGGCCAUGCGGUCAGAAGGAAGGAGUGUACGGCUCUAUGUCGCGGGUAACCAUGAUGUUGGCUUUGGGGACACUCUAGUCCGACGGGCCAUGAAGCGGUACAAGAAGGAGUUUGGGUCGGUCAACUACGAGAUCGAUGUCGGAAAUCACAGCUUUAUCAUUAUGGACACGCUCUCUUUUAGCUCCAACAUCACAUUCAUUCGAGAGGAAUCCAGGGCCUUCGUGUCACGCAUAGGACGUGAAGGGUCCAUACUACCUCGAAUGCUGUUCACUCAUGUACCACUUUUCAGACCGGACACGACGUUUUGUGGCGAGGCGCGCGAGUCGGAUCAACCCAUCCUAAGCAGGAAUGGGGAGCAGUUCCAAAACAUGGUGAACGCGUCGUUGUCGCGUGCAAUCCUGGGCAGGGUCCAGGCGGAUAUGGUCUUUAGCGGUGACAGUCAUGGCUGGUGUGAGAUUACGCAUUUGGUGUACGGCAAGCUGACGCCCGAGGUCACGGUGCCGACCUUUAGCUUUGCUCAAGGAAUUAGGCAACCUGCGUUUCUCAUGCUGUCGCUGUACAAUCCGGAGCAGUUGCCGAAGAAUAUUGUCGAAGAAGAAAUGAUAUCGACGAGCCCCACGUUUUCUUACGACAAAUGCAUGCUGCCUGAGCAGCUGUCGAUCUAUUUCGGAUAUGUCAGUUUGCUCGUCCUUACGUGUGCAUGGCUCUUGGUCUUGCGGUUCAGAUGGUUUAUGCAGAACCGGCCUUCUAGUCCAUUGCUGGGCAGAUGGCGGCCAACGUCCUCGAUCCUAGAGAAAGCGGGUCGGUCUUCAAACAUGCCCCGCUCAUGGAACAUCCGAGAUCCCUUUGCAUCUCAAGGGCCCGCCCCAACAGCGAAAUUACUACCCGCUAGGACAUUGAAUCCAAUGGAUGCAUUUGAGAAAUCCGACGACGCGGAGAUUGAUAUUGCAGGAACAUCGUCGCCAUUACAGAGAUCCCUACCAUCGCUAUCUCCUCGUAAGGCCUUGAGUCGGACAAAGAAAUGGGCGUGGAUACGAUACACAACAUGGCCUCUAGGACGACUGCGGUUCUGGCGAAUGCUGGUCGGAGAUCUGUGGAUGAUCUCUCGAUAUGUUCUACCAUUCUAUCUCCUGUUGCUUGUAGUCAGUCUGAUGUGAAAUGGAUAGGUCAGGAUUCAAUAAAAUGCUCAGCUGUGGACUGGGAUACAAGGGUCAUACGCGUCGUAGAUGAUCGCGACAUAGUUAGCCAAACCACACGAUGGAAAACGCGCUUCAAACGAUGGAUGGUAAAGGGAGAGACUAAGGGAGGCGUUAAACACAAGAAUAGUCUGGAUACAGUUCGUAA